AUGCCUCAGCACACCACCGUCGUCCCUCGCAGCCGAAACCACCCGCCCUACGCGGCCGUGAGGAAGCCAAAAAUUGUCAUUGUGGGGUGCUCAUACGCUGGGAUGUCAGCAACCCUCACCCUGACGGCCUUGAAGGGUGGUCUACCUAUCCCAUUUGCUUCCUACGGAGAUUACAGUCACCUUCAAAAUGUCCCUUCAGUGCAAGACUUUGAUAUCACCGUGGUCGAUGAGAGAGAUGGAUUUUUCCAUAGUGUCGGAGCCCCACUAGCCCACAUCUCGCCCGCGGAAACAAGCGUGAUGUGGAAGGUGUACAAAGGAUUUUCUGAAUUGAGCCGGCCGGAUAUCGAUUUUGUUCAGGGAACCGUUAUAAGUAUCGAUCCGACGAGCCAGGACCUGGAAGGCAGAUCACAGCAUCUAAAAUACGACUACAUUCUUAUAUCUUCAGGUCUUCGGCGCCCAUGGCCUAUCGUCCCGCGAUCCAGGCAUUUCCGCUCAUACUUGUCCGAUGCUUCAACAUUCAUAGAGAAGAUUAUUGAAGCUGAAAAGCUAGGCGUAGUGGUCGUCGGAGGUGGUACGUUGAAAUGGAAAGUCCAUGAAUUUCAAUCUUGGGGCGCUAUAGGUGUUGAGUUUGCCGGCAAGAUCAAAACACACUACACCGGAACGCCAGUUACCUUAGUCCAUUCGCGGCAUCAAUUGCUCUCAAACGAGCCGCUGCCCGAAGAAUUCAAGACAAGGACAUUAGAACUGCUGCGAGCGCAAGGAAUAGACGUCAUUCUGAACCAGCGUGCUGAUGUCCAAGAGCUGCCAGAUGGGACAUUCUACGUCAAAUUCCAGGAUGGCAAUCGUUUACAUACUGGCAUGGUCAUUAUGGCAAUGGCCUCCCCCACCCCUUCAUCGCAAUUCUUGCCAUCUUACAUUCUCAGAGUGACGCUAAUCUACAUCGGCAGUCUCCAAAUUAUCUCGAGAGACGAAGUCAUCCCUCGAAUGUUUCCAGCUGGAGAUAUUGUGAAUGUUGCAGGAAUCAAGUUGGGAGGAAACGCAAUGUUGAUGGGGAGUGUAGCUGCGGCUAAUAUCUACUCCUUGCUCGUCGCUCAACAUAACCCAAGCUGGCGAUCAGCUAUGGAGCGAUACGAACCCAUGGAGCCCAAGAUGGCUCUCUCUGUGGGCAACAGUGCUGUCUGUUAUACCUCUGAUGAUGGAGUUAAAUAUGGAAAGGAGUGGGUGGAGCCUAUGUUUGGUUCAGACCUGGGAUGGUCCAAAAUCUUGUCCACACUCGGCCUGAACAAUUAUGAAAACACAGCAUUAUAA